AUGGUUCAGGAUAGAGGACCAGUGACUUCUGCGGUCACGAUUGUUAUGAUCGUGAUUGCAACGCUUUUCGUCGCUGGUCGCUUCUUCACGAGGAUCUAUCUGGUACGCUCAAUCAAGCAAGACGACUGGUGGAUGUUAGCGGCAUGGGUGUUCGCUGUGGGAUUCUCAGCCUCGAUAUGUAGUGCAGUGCAUUAUGGCCUCGGACGACACAAGGUGGAUAUACCGGACAGUUCUUUUUCGUCUCUCAGGAAAUCCGAAUAUGCCUUCUCCAUUUUAUACAACCCAGCACUGAUGCUCACCAAGACUUCCAUCAUUGUCUUCUUCCUGUCGGUCAUGAGCAAGGAUGUUGACCCCGUCUUCAAAUGGUGCAAUUGGUUAACCCUUGCUGUCGUCAACGUCUUCGGACUGGCCCUCACCUUUCUCAGUAUCUUUCAGUGCCGACCCGUUGCGGCUGGGUACCUCUAUCCCUCGCCGCCGACCGCCAAGUGCACCGAUAUCGUCACCCUCUAUCUCUCCUCAGCACCAGUCAAUAUCAUCACCGACGUCGCUCUGCUGUUCCUACCGAUGCCGAUCCUGACGGGAAUGAGGUUGCCUCGAAAACAAAAAAUCAUCUUGGUUGUUACCUUCAGCUUCGGUGCAUUCGUGGCAGUCGUGGAUGUCAUCCGAAUUGCGUACCUGCAAAAUGCAACCUUAAGUCGAUUGACAGCCGCCCAUGACGGUAGCCAAUCUAAUGGGCGAACAGAUGAAAACAACGAUUUCUCCUGGUACGCAAGUCUGAGCUUCAUGUGGUCGGCUGUUGAAGUCAGUCUUGGAAUCAUCUGUGCUUGCGUCCCCAGCUUGAAACCUCUGUUUCUGCGAUUUAUGCCACGGUUCAUCAAGGACGACGACACAUCCAACACUAGCAUUGAUGUUGGACGGCCAGAAGAUGCUCCAAUUAAGCAUCUGCCCAAGGGCGAUAUCUCUAUGCUGAAUAACCCGGCUGCAUUCCGAAAGCCGAGGGUGAAAGAAUAUUCCGGAGAAGACCAUGGGGAUCAGAUGGGGUUCUUGAACAUGUUAGCAGGGCCACCGGGCGACGCUGAAGGAACCACUACCGCUAUACAGAGAAUGGGCGCUCGGCUGACCCGCAGAAGCACGAACAAGAGCACUACUUCCGAAUUUGGCUUCGUCAACAUGUCCGGCAAUCGGAACAUGCUCAAGCUCUCGAACCGGCAAAGUCUAUGGCCGAUUGCGGUGGUCACUGUGAUCUUCUUUCUCUGGGGAUUUGCAUACGGACUACUGGACACACUGAACGGCAGAUUUCAAGAAGUGGUAGGGCUGGACAAGCAGCAGAGCUUGGGUCUCCACGCUGCAUAUUAUGGGGGCUAUUUGGUUGGACCAUUGACCUUGGGUCGAUUCAUCUUGAAAAGAUACGGGUUCAAAGCAACCAUGAUGGUCGGGCUCUGCGUCUACGGUUGUGGAACGCUGGUCUUCUGGCCCUCGGCAGUUUUGACUUCGUAUACAGCAUUCAUCAUCUCGAACUUCAUUGUUGCCUCGGGGCUAUCAUGCCUGGAGAUCGCAGCCAAUCCUUACAUUGCCUUAUGCGGGCCAUUGGAGUAUGCAGAAGUGCGAUUGAAUCUUUCGCAGGCAUUCCAAGCCAUAGGCACGAUCUGCUCGCCGCUCCUGGCGGCCAAAGUAUUGUUUAAGAACGUGUCGAACGCGAACACCCCCGCCCUCAUCGACGUGCAGUGGACCUACCUGGGUAUCGCCAUGUUCGUCUUCCUCCUGGCCAUUAUCUUCUACUAUAUCCCACUUCCCGAGGCGACGGACGAACAGCUGGAGGAGCUCGCGGACCGGAGGAGCUCGGUGAACAACGCCAAGCUCGGCCCCUGGAAGGUGAUAUUUGUAACUCUCGCACUUGGUGUCUUCAGCCAAUGGGUAUACGUGGGACUACAGGAGUGCGUCGGCAACAACUUGCAGCCGUUGAUCCGGCUGAUCCAGCCUGGACAACCCCUUGCACCAUUUGAUUUCCAGAGCGUUGCACACACCGUAUUUGCUGCUGGUCGCUUCCUGACCGCGUUUCUGAACUACUUGUUCAAACCGCGAUUGAUUUUACUAUUCCUGUACGCAGGCUUGAUAGCUUGCUUGGCAUUGACGAUGAGCCUGGAGGGCUCCGCCGGUGCCGCAAUCGCACAACUCACCUUCGGAUUCGAAGCGGGCAUCUUCUCGAUCAUCUUCGCGAUUUCGAUGCGUGGGCUCGGCGCACACACAAAGACCGGCUCGGCGCUGAUGACGGCCGCCAUCUCCGGCGGUGCUGUCUUCCCUCCGAUCCAGUGGGGUGUCAGCAACCACAAAGGACUGAAAUACUCGUACUGUGUCCCUCUCGCAGCGGCAGUCUUCGGCAUGCUAUUCCCGCUAUACCUGAACAUCUUCCCGGCGGCGCGCCUGCAAGUAGACCCGAUCCAUGAACGGCGCGUCAACCGAGGCGCCCGAAGAGUAAUGCGGCAGGAAAGCGCCAGCUCGAUGCAAGACGGCAGCGCGACGCAGUUCGGGCUGGCGGGGAUCAUCGCACGCCGGCGCAAAGCCAAGCUCCACGAGCUGCACAGGCAGCAGGAAGGGUCGGUGGAACAUGUCGAACGGCAAAGCGUUGCGACACCUACGUCGAUGCUCGAUUCGAACGACGUUCUCAGUGAACAGGGCCAGGCGCUUGAGGAGCCGAAGCCUCUACAGCUGAAGCAGUCCAAGGGCUACGUCGGUGCGCUCGCCGCCUGGCCUGAGCUCCAACACCAAGAGCAGCAAUCCUCGGUAGCGAGCAGCAGUAGCAGCAGUGGAGGUGGCAACGGCAACGGCAACGGCAACGGUAGCGGUAAUCGAGACAGCAGUCACAGUGGUUCUAAUCGUCAGGUCGCAGGAAACGCCAACGCGUCGGAGAAGGAUGACCUGGAUAUGAUGAUUACGCGGCAUCGACCUGUAUGGGAGCAGGAGAAUGGCGAAGAUGGAGACGACGGCUGGGACGACUACCAUGCCAUGAUGCGGAAGAUAUGA